AUGGGAGCUAGGAACAGGAGGCGGGUGGCCAGGGCGGCGAAUCUUUGUUUGGCAGUUUCUAGAGCCUCAGGGAUCGACAGCUUGUUGUACUUAGGGCGGAUCCCAGACACCCUAAAAUGCCCAGAAACAAAAAACAACCCACCCAGGGUGGGCGGAGGAGAAUCAAAGUCUCUGGAGGCCGCCGAUGGCGAUGCCUUCUCUGACGAAGGAGGGUCUCUGGAGGCGGCCGACGGCGACGCCGUCUCUGACGAAGGAGGGCCUUUGGAGGAAGCCGGCGUCGAAGGAGGGCCUUUGGAGGAGACCGGCUCUGAUGUAACGGCAGAGGAGGGCGCCAUCUGUGCUGCUGUAGGAGGACCUGUGGCAGAGGCUGGCGACGCAGUCUCUGAACAAGGGAGGCCUCCGGAGGGGGACGCUGUCUCAAAUGCAGCCACCACCUUGGGGGACACCGUCUCAGACGCAGCCGCAGAGCUGGCUCAGGGGUCUCUGGACGGCACGGAGCGGGCUCAGGGGUCCCUGGACGGCACGGAGCUGACUCAGGGGUCUCUGGACGGCACGGAGCGGGCUCAGGGGUCCCUGGACGGCACGGAGCUGACUCAGGGAGGGAACCAGCAGAAUUCAGAGGUUCCCAGUGGUCCAUCUGCCCAGCAGCAUCAAACCCAGCUGGACUCUAUAUUUAUGUCUGAUGUGUCCUUCAUUUAUUGUUCUGUUCAGCUGCUGGAGGAAAACAUAAUUUGUUUUGUGAAGAACGAGCUGAAGAAGAUCCAGAAGAUUCUGAGUGCAGAUGAUCCAGAAGGCUUGGAGAGUCAGUGGGAGGAUGAGAAGGAUGAAGAGCAGAGGAGGAGCACAGAGGCUUUGGUGAAGAUCGCCCUGAACUUCCUGAGGAGGAUGAAGCAGGAGGAGCUGGCUGAUCGUCUGCAGAGCAAGGUUGUUGGUCAAUGUCAACGUGACCUUAAAGCAUUUCUGAAGAAGGAGUUUGAACGUGUCUCUGAAGGUGUUGCUAAAGCUGGAAAGGAAACAUUUCUGGAUGAGAUCUACACAGAGCUCUACAUCACAAAGGGAAAGACUACAGAGCUCAACGAUGAACAUGAGGUCAGAAGGAUUGAAGCAGCAUCCUGGAAACAAAACAGACCACGAGAAACAAUCAGAUCAGAAGAAAUCUUCAAAUCACCAGAAGGAAGGAAUCAAAUCAGAACCGUGAUGACGAUGGGCGUGGCUGGCAUUGGGAAAACAGUCUUAACACAGAGGUUCACUCUGGACUGGGCUGAAGGCAGAACCAACCAGAAGAUCCAGUUCAUAUUUCCAUUCACCUUCAGACAGCUGAAUGUUCUAAAGGAGGAAAAGUUCAGCUUGGUGGAACUGAUUCAUAAGCACUUUAAGCCAAUCAGAGAUGCAGGGAUCCACAGCUUUGAAAACUUCCAGGUUCUGUUCAUCUUAGAUGGUCUGGAUGAGAGUCGACUUUCUCUCCACCAUGAUGAGAUCCUGACUGAUGUUACAGAGUCCACCUCAGUGGAUGUUCUGCUGACUAACCUCAUCAGGGGGAAACUGCUUCCAAAGGCUCUCCUCUGGAUAACCACAAGACCUGCUGCAGCCAAUCAGAUCCCUCCUGAGUGUGUUGGCAUGGUGACAGAGGUCAGAGGGUUCACCGACCCACAGAAGGAGGACUACUUCAGGAAGAGGUUCAGAGAUGAAGAGAAGGCAAGCAGGAUUAUCUCCCACAUUAAAAGAUUAAAAAGUCUCUUCAUUAUGUGUCACAUUCCCAUCUUCUGCUGGAUCACUGCUGAUGUUCUGGAGGGUUUAUUGGAGACCAGAGACGGAGGAGAGCUGCCAAAGACCCUGACUGGGAUGUACAUCCGCUUCCUGAAGCUUCAGAUCGAACGAAAAAUGAUCAAGUAUGAUGGAGGACAGAACACAGACUCCCCAUGGACUCCAGAGAACAUCAAGAUUGUUCAGUCUCUGGGAAAACUGGCCUUUGAGCAGCUGCUGGAGGGAAACCUGAUCUUCUAUAAACCAGACCUGAAAAAGUGUGGCAUCAACAUCAUAGAUGCUUCAAUGCACUCAGGACUGUUCACUGAGAUCUUUAAAGAGGAGAGAGGAAUGGAGGACACCUCAGUCUACUCCUUUGUUCAUCUGAGCUUCCAGGAGUUUCUGGCUGCAGUCUACAUGCUCCACUGCUUCACCAGCAGGAACACAGAGGUGGUGGAGAACUUCCUGGGAGAAAAAUACAGAGAAACAUCUCUGGAGGACUUCAUGAAGAAAGUCAUGGAGAAAUCCCUCAAGAGUAAAAACGGCCACCUGGACUUGUUUGCUCGCUUCCUUCAUGGCCUCUCUGUGGAGUCCAACCACAAACUCUUAGGCUUUCUACUGGGUCAGACGGAGACCAGUCCAGAAAUCAUCCAGAAAAUCAUCAACAACCUAAAGGAGAUGAACACUGAUGAAGAUGUAUCUCCUGAUAGAAGCAUCAACAUCUUCCAUUGUCGUCUGGAGAUGCAGGACUUCUCAGUUUAUCAGGAGAUCCAACAGUUCCUGAAAUCAGGGAAGAAGCUCUCAGAAAUCCAGUGCUCAGCUCUGGCCUACAUGCUGCAGAUGUCAGAGCUUCUGGAUGAGAUAAACCUGGAGAAGUGCAACACAUCAGCAGGAGGACGACGUAGACUGGUUCCAGCUGUGAGGAACUGCAGAAAGGCUCGACUUGGUGGCUGUUCUCUCUAUGAGGCUGAAUGUGAAAUUGUGGCCUUAUCUCUGAAGUCCAACCUUCACCUUACUGAAGUGAUAAUCAAUCAGAUCUAUGUGCAGGGAACCUUUAGAGACUCUAGAAUGAAGCAUCUGUGUGAGAUACUGGAGAGUUCAAUCUGCAAAGUGAAGAAACUGACAUUGAAUUACUGCAGUUUGUCAGAGAUCAGCUGUGCUUCUCUGGUCUCAGCUCUGAACUCCAACCCCUCCCAUCUGACAGAACUGGACCUGAGCAACAACGACCUGAAAGAUGGUGGAGUGAAGCAGCUCUGUGGUUUUCUCCAGUCUCCCCUCUGCAAACUACAGACAUUGAGAUUGCUUGGCUGCAGUUUGUCAGAGAUCAGCUGUGCUUCUCUGGACUCAGCUCUGAAGUCCAACCCCUCCCAUCUGACAGAACUUGACCUGAGCAACAACAAUGACUUGAAAGAUGGUGGAGUGAAGCAGCUCUGUGGUUUUCGCCAGUCUCCCCUCUGCAAAUUACAGACAUUGAGAUUGAAUGGCUGCAGUUUGUCAGAGAUCAGCUGUGCUUCUCUGGUAUCAGCUCUGAAGUCCAACCCCUCCCAUCUGACAGAACUGGACCUGAGCGACAACGACCUGAAAGAUGGUGGAGUGAAGCAGCUCUGUGGUUUUCUCCAGUCUUCCCUCUGCAAACUACAGACAUUGAGAUUGAUUUGCUGCAGUUUGUCAGAGAUCAGCUGUGCUUCUCUGGGCUCAGCUCUAAAGGCCAACCCCUCCCAUCUGACAGAACUGGACCUGAGCAGAAACGACCUGAAAGAUGGUGGAGUGAAGCAGCUCUUUGGUUUUCUCCAAUCUCCUCUCUGCAAACUACAGACAUUGAGAUUGAGGAGAUGCUGGUUGUCAGAGAUCAGCUGUGCUUCUCUGGUCUCAGCUCUGAAGUCCAACCCCUCCCAUCUGACAAAACUGGACCUGAGCAGCAACAACCUGAAAGAUGGUGGAGUGAAGCAGCUCUGUAGUUUUCUCCAGUCUCCCCUCUGCAAACUACAGACAUUGAGGUUGUGUAGCUGCGGUUUGUCAAAGAUCAGCUGUGCUUUUCUGGUCUCAGCUCUGAAGUCAAACCCCUCCCAUCUGACUGAACUGGUCCUGUGGGGCAGCAACCUGGAGGAGUCAGAUGUUCAGCAGCUGCAGGAUCUUAAAGAGAGUCCAGACUACAAACUGCAGACUCUGACAUGGAGGUUCUGAUCUUAGUGAAGGAGAGAAGCUGAUCUGUGUCCUGAUGAUCCUCAGAGGUUGAAGCUAACGCAGUUUGAGUUUUUGAUUUUUUUGUUUUCACUCCUUUUUUCUCUUUGUUUUCAUCAUCGCCAUAAUAUCAUGAUGAUAUUUUUUCCAUCAAAAUUAAAAUUGAGAUUAAAUGAUCUAUAACAGUGGUUCCCAAAGAUUUUCUUCUGGGCCCCCCUUUGGAUUACAAUAAAAUUUCCACGCCCCCCAAACAACAAAGCUGAGG